AUGACCAGGAGCCUGUCGCGGACCAGCAGCGCCGCGGCGUCGCCCGAGGCCCUGAAGAGGGCGUCGUCGUCCUCCAGCGGUGGGUCGCCGGCGGCGUCGGCGGCAGGGGACGACAACAUCGACCAGCGCGCGGAGCUGUUCAUCGCUAACUUCUACAGGCAGAUGCGGAUGGGCGGCAGCUACCCGAGGGUUCGGUUCGGCUCGACCUAG